CGGCAACGCAGCAAAUGCAGUCGGCAUUUCUUCAGCGUAGAAAUACGUGCCAAGAAGGGAAGAGUUGUAGCCACUAAGAUGCCGGAGGGAGAUGGUGACCGGCAGGGAGAUUUUUCGACCUGCAGAGGAGAGAGAGAGGCGGAUUUGGAGGUUUUCAUCGUGGAAAGGCGCCGACUGUCGAAUACGCAACGGGACGAUUCGGGUCUGAGACGGAGCGAGAGCCGUCGCGCGCAGCAGAUCUAUGCUGAAGUCGGGGGAGGGAGCAAACAGCAAUACGCUGGUUACAUUCCACCACUUGGUGUCAACGUUGCGAACGCCCAAACCGAGCGCAUUACCAAAAGAGUAACCGUCAAGGAAGUCGGCGACAACAUUCUGACUCGACUCGAUCUUGAGUGGUUCGAUCCCACUGGGAGUUUCUAAAUCAACGGAAACUCGAAUGCUUUGUGUUGGCGCUGCCUCCUUCGGAUCACCAAACAGUCGGAUCUACAAUGGGUGGUCACCGGCCAGCGUCUUGGACAGUAUUUGAAGUGCCUGUCCGCACCUCAUAAUCUCCGCUAACGAAGAUUUCGUAUGUUGUUGGCGCUGUGAGGGAUGGAGCUGUCGGAAGUUGGACGGUCUUGGGAAGUGUUCGCUCCAGAGCAUAGAUGUUCCCAGCGUGCCAUUCUGCCGGUGCAGGAUCGUCGGGACUCACGAUGGAAAAGUACGAGCCCUGGAUCAGUUGGACGAGAAGCUGUGGCAUGAUGACCGACGGGGAUCUCGUCGUGGGCGGAUAAACAGUGAGUGUACUGCGCAAUAAAGCGUGGUGUUGUAGGGCGGCCCAGCCUUCAGUAGCCCGCAGAUUUGACCAUCUAUCGAGGGAAAUCUUCAAGUCUCCAUCAAGGCUGGCUUCGGCUUUGGACCAAGCGACACGUCCAUUAUCGGCGUAGGAAACGACGGAGAGACAUAGUGCUGCUCUCUGGCGUGAAUAGGAAAUGGCCCGAGUACCUGUGACAUGGUAAGCUCUUCCUCAAACUUUACUUAUCUCUGUCGACUUGCGUCCCACGACCGCGACAACUCGAUGCACCACACCCUACUGUCAUGCAUAGGUAUUUGGGAAGCCAAAGCCGCCGAUGCAGCAGCGAGCAGAGAAUAGACUGCAAACAUGCCGCUGGCCGCUAGACACACGCGCUGCGGGGACUGACUCAACCGUGCUGCCCAAGUCUGAGCGCGAUUGCGUCUCACGUGCUCGAUUUAACGACAUCAAGCUUUCUAACACACAGAAUGUCCGGCAGACAAGGCGGCAAGCUCAAGCCAUUAAAGGCUCCCAAGAAGGAGAAGAAGGACGAUGACGAGGACGAUGCCGCCUUCAAGCAAAAGCAGAAGGCUGAUGCAGAGGCUAUGAAAGCCGCUCGGGAGAAGGCUCUCAAGGGUGGUGCUCCGGGUGGCGGAAUCAAGAAGUCGGGCAAGAAUAUCGUCAGUGAUGGCGGGGCAGCACGUCGUCGUUUGUCCUCCUCCAUGUUGCAAGGUCUUCAGCCAGGGCAGCAGCAGUCGCCUCAACCUCAGCCACAAAUAUUACCUCCCCAGAAUCAAAUACCCCCGCCUCCUUUCCAGAACGGCCAAGACUGGAACCUGUCCAGUGUUCUCCACUACCUCCAAACAGAAUGGCGGAAAUAUGAACGCGACAGAAAUGAGUGGGAAAUCGAGCGCGCGGAAAUGCGGGCUCGAAUCGCGCUCCUCGAGGGCGAGCGUCGUUCUUUCGAGAACGUAAAGCACGACCUGAUGCGCAGAAUCAAAAUGUUGGAAUACGCUCUUCGCAUGGAACGGUCGAAACAGCUCACUCAACCUCAAAGCACGACCCCGCAGACGAUCCCCCCGACCAAACUUGCUUCCAUUCAGAGCAUUGCCACCUCCGCAUCGCAUAAGGAAGACAUACCCGGCCACAAAGAGGAGAGUAGCGGCAGCUCGCCACGAAGCGAAGAUUCUCCACUACCUGACGCCCGUAUCAAUGGUGGGGCAUCCAUCGCACAGAGGCCGAACUCGUGGAGCAGCUCUACAUGGCUUAACGGUCCAACCGGAGGCACAAUAGCUGGGUUAGGUAAACCUCCCCCUGGUAGAGAUCCUAAGAGCAGGGCUCGCAGUCGGGACUACCUCAAGCAAUGUUUGCAGGAAAUUUCUUACUUGACCUCGCCCCAAGCGAUGAACCCCCUGCCCAACCGAACAUUGCUCAAUAAUGGCGGCAUGCCACUGGCUAUUCCCAAUGCCCCGCCCUUUGAACAGAUGGCUUACAAUGGCCGGCCACGAAAGCUCCUGCCCGAUGGCAGCAAAGAUUUCCCCAUCUUGAACGGCAACAUGAGCCUGAUGUCGGGUCCUUCGUCAGCCCCUGCUGGUUCCGGAAAUCAGCUCAGCAACCUGGAGCGAUCCAAUCCACUUGGCUCGGGAAUGAUCCCACUGCAGCAUGUGCAGCAGCAGCAACAACACCACCAGCAACAACACCAGCAACAACAGCAGCACCAACCACCGCCAAUGCUGAUGCCGCAACAUAAUACCCAACCACCUCCGCUCCCAAUUUCUUCGAAUGAUCGAGACCGGGAAGUGGACCCGGAACCUCGUCAGGUGACAGCGAUCUUCAGGCCCGAUGAUGCGGGUGAAUGGCGGGAACGGCUUCGGCAGUCACACGAGGCUGAACAAGCUCGCUUGACACGAGAUCCUCAGGGUUGGGAGCGGAGGCCGGAUGAGGAAGACGCGAAAGAUGAGGAUGGCGAGGUAGAAGACGAUGAGUCCGGUGUAGGCGAUGGUGAGAGCGGCAAAGUCUGGCGACCGAAGCGGACUCUGAGGAACCAUCUCGAUGCCGUCAGGGCACUCGCCUUCCACCCCCACGAGUUGACGCUUGCUACCGGUGGAGAUGACUGCACGGUGAAAAUAUGGAGGAUGGAUGUGGCAGGCUUAACUUCUUCCUCAUCACGACCCACCACUGAGAUCGAACCCCAACUGACUUUGCGCGGACAUUCUGCUGCCAUUACGAGACUGAUCCACGCACCUUCCCGAGGACUAUUGUACUCGGCGUCGCUUGAUUCCUCGAUCCGAGUCUGGGCACUGCCAGCUCCGUCUCAUACGACAUAUGCGCCGUACGAUGAGACACGCUCUCGAGGAGAACUGAUUGGACAUACGGACGCGGUGUGGGACUUGGCUCUGGUCCGUGACGAGGGCACGUUGAUCAGCUGUGGUGCCGAGGGUGCCGUCAAAGUCUGGGACGUCACCGGGCCUUCGGGUGCGGGAUCUCUACGACUGUCUUGGGGUUGGGCCGGCCUCGACAGCACAGAGGACGACGGGGGGUCAGAUUCUCCAGGGGCGACCACUGUCGAGGCAAUCAAGGCUGAUCUCAAAAAGAUUGCCGUGGCUUACCAGAAUGCUGUCGUCAAAAUAUUCGAGAUCGAGACAGGCAAGGAGUUAAGCAGGCUGCAGACUGAUAUCAGUUACGAUGGCACCCCUGCGACGCAAAUCAACCGGAUUGCAUCACAUCCCACCAUGCCUCUGCUCGUCACAGCACAUGAAGACAAGUACAUACGGAUCUUUGAUGUCGUGACUGGACAAUGUACUCACUCCAUGCUGGCCCAUCUGGACGGGGUCACAUCGCUGUCCAUCGACCCUGCAGGAUUCUCGCUUGUGUCUGGCAGCCACGAUUGCUCGGUGCGGCUGUGGGAUCUGCUCGGAACUCGGGCGUGUGUUCAGGAGAUUCCAGCGCACCGGGAAAAGGCCCGCGAAGGUGCGCUGGACGUCGAAUUCCAUCCUUCUCUGCCCUUCAUGGCGACGGCGGGUGCCGACGGCGUAGUCAAGUUGUUUGCGUCAUCCUGAUCCUGAGUCGCUGAUGGUCCUGCUCUCGUCUUCGCUUUCGUGGACCACAUUGCUUUACAUAGUCAGAAUGCUCAUCCAGGAUUCUUUCUUGUACAUAUCUGACUCUAACGACUAGUAAUGAAAAUAAUGCAAAACGCACUGCUAAGGCUACAAGAAAGGCUA